AUGGGCUUGGUAAAUGUCUUGGCCACUGGCCUGUUUCUCCUGACUUCAGUCUCGGCGCAGAGCACUGUUCCAGCUUGGGGACAAUGCGGAGGUAACAACUGGACGGGUUCGACGGUUUGCGUAAGCGGAUACACCUGCUCAGUCCUCAAGUGCGUCGCUUUCUCCCGUAGCCCUAUAGGUCUUGCUAACGAAGGGGGCAGUCCCUUCUACAGCCAGUGUAUCCCCGGCUCCAACCCCCCAGCAACCACCGCCAGACCCAGCUUGACUUCCACUACACCUAUCGCAACGGGCAGCGUCCGCACCACCUCUGCCUCCCGCGCCACAACCACCCUCGCCACCGUGACUACGCCAACCGGUGGCGGCGGGCCCGUACCGACGACUCUAGUGUCCGGAUGGUACUGGAUCCGCGCCGUCGCUUCGCCCAAUUACCACAGCUACCUCCAGGCCAAGCCCACAGGCACACCCAGCAAAGCUUACCUCGAGUCUCCCGGCGGCGCAGGCCAGUUCAAGAUCGAGGCCGGGCAACUGGUUCACCUUACCGGCUCCUCCCCGCUCUACCUCAACGUCGAGAACCCGACGGACAAGACGCAGAGGAAACUCGAGACGUGGUUCAGCGCCAGCAAGAACACGUAUGGCACGUUUGCGUUCCAGGGAGACACCCUCACCUGGAGCACGCCGGACAUUAACCGUCCGAAUCUGGCGGCCUGGCUUGUCUGCGAGAACCAGACAGUAUUUAUUAACACCGGCGCGUAUCUCUACCAGACCCCGGCUGGAUGCUUUGAUCAGACUAUACACUCUUACGGAGGGUCUACAGCUGAUCUCUGA